UCGCGAAGUUACAUGCGCGGCGCCCUCUACAAAUUCUUCAAAACCUGGCGUCCGAAACGCGACUGGUUUUGAUUUAGUCCCGCUUUGAGUGCGAAGUCUUCCCUUUACUGUCUAUAAUUGAUAAUCAAUUCAUGAUACUGAUAACAGUCAUCUAAAAAAAUUGGUCUAGUCAGAAACUACGAAAGUGAUUCAUAGAAACUAUUUUUACAAAAUCUGUAUCUAUUCUACACCAUGUUAUCGUUAUCUGGCUGAUCUGACGUUAGAGACAGCGUAAUUUCCACGUUAUCGAAAGGAUGUCAACCUACAGACGAGCUACUCUUCGAAUAGAGGAGGCUGAUUUGAGAUGUAAUAAAGCAGGAUGCACUUACUAUGGAACUCCCCAAUGCGAAGGGUUUUGUUCGAAAUGCUAUCGAGAGCAUUUACAACGGAAACAAUUACAUAGUAGUACAUCUGUGACUCGUCCUGCAGCAGCAGAUCAGGCUACACAUUCGCCUCUAUUUUCCAACACAGAUCCGAAGAAGUAUCAGCCAUCGUCGGAUAAGAAGAAUAAACUAUUGAGGUCGUUCAGAUUCAACAAAAAAACGUUCGACAGAAGUGAUGAUUUGCAGUCAGAUUUAAUAAACAUGUUCUCCAUCUCCGAUACACCUCACGAGCUUGAAAAAUUACGCGAAAUAGCCCAAUCUUUGUUCGUGGAUAUGGGAUCAACCAUCGAAACAGAUACGUACAAAUGUAUCCAUUCUUAUUUGAGGAAAAUGUAUAGCGAAGUAGAAUUGGGAUGCAAGUUCAAACUAACCAUAGACGAUUUAUCCAUGAGAACGCAGAAUUUUUAUCAAGCAUUUUCCAAACGUAUGGAGACCCAGAAAGCCUACGGAGGGUUAACUUUGGAGCAGAGGGAAAAUCUGAUGAAUUACGUGGAGAAGUUUUCGAUGACGUUGCUUCAUCAAGUCCUGUUCUGUCCUAUUUUCACCAAUGACGAAGAAAUGGAUCUCAUUAUUCAGAAACGGAUUCGACAACUGAAUUGGGUCAAUGCAACUCAUCUGGAUUGUCAUAUCGAUGAAAUGAACCCCAGCGUUCGAGAUUUAGCUUUCACUUCGAUGUUAGAAUUAUUGAACAUGGAUUCUGCAAAAGCCCCUCAAGAUAAACUGAAUUGUGUUGUGAAAUGUUGCAAGAAUAUCUUCGAGCUUCUGCAGUACGCUGUCGGUGGUCCUGCUUCGGCCGAUGAAUUCCUGCCGUCUUUAAUUUUCGUUGUGCUGAAAACGAAUCCUUGUCGUCUCAAGAGUAAUAUCAACUAUAUUACGAGAUUUUGCAACGCUAAUCGCCUGAUGACCGGAGAAGAUGGAUAUUAUUUUACUAAUUUGUGUUGUGCUGUUUCUUUUAUUGAAAAUUUGGGUGCUGAGUCUUUGAAUAUGACUCAUGAUGAAUUUGAGCAGUACAUGAGCGGAGAAAUUAUUUCCACGAGUACCUGGGAGUGUGCUCUAGUCAUUUGUGAGAAUAUGCAAUUGAUGUACGAACAUCUAUCUACUUUGGCUGAGCUGAAUAAAAGACAGGAUAAUUUCUUUAUCGAAGCUGAGGAAUUUAAAAACGAAAUAUUAAAAUUCAAGGACGACAUCAAAAACAGAGUAGAAAAUAUCAUAGCCGAAUACCCGUUGAAAUUAAAACGCGAACUAGCCGAAUCUGACGACCACCCUACCUACGAAAUACCUCAAAAUUCCUCCUUCAUUUUCAACCCGUCAAAAAUACCACCAAACAAAAACCUCGAAGAAUGGGCAACCUUCGGUAGUCCAAAAAUCCCUCCACCAUCGUCUAUACCUCGCCAUCUACUAAACAGCAGCACAUCUUCGAAUCUAAGCUACGAUUUCGAUUUAUCCGAUCAUAGCACCGAUAAUAGCCAAGCCGAAGAUUUGAUUUCAUUCACCUCGAACGAUUUCAACAACGAUCCUUUACUAGACGAUUCUUUGACAUCGCUUCGACACACAGGAGAUAGUGCAGAACCACCGGACGGCACUGAAAGUCUGGGAUCAUCGUCCGAAUUAGAUAAUUUACUGCAGCCCGCAUCUCUCCCGAGUAAAAAACCACCCAUUGCUAAUGUACCUGAAUACAAGGGAUUUUCAUCUCAAGGUUUCAACAUUCCUAGCAUACCGUGUGAUACCGGUAGCGUCCACGUAACCGAUAAGAAUUACUCGCUGUUGAAUGAUUAAUUUGUUAUAUCGACCAUUGUCAUCUGUACGACAAAUUUAAAAUGAGCGAUGAUGAAUUUGCACCUGUCUACGUACACUCUUUUAGUCCAAAGUUUUUAAUCGUAUUAUAUCGCAGCUACACAAACGUUCAUUGUUACGUGUUUUCUGUUUUACUUUUGUUUUUUCUUGUUUUUUUUUUUUUUUUUUUUAUUCGUAAAAGCAUUGAAUUUGCUUUUUAUAGAUUUUACUUUCACUUUUUCCCUUCUUUUUUGAUUAGAUUAUUAAUUUUCCUUUGAAUAUAUUGCAAAUGUUACCUAUUUUUA